AUGGCAUAUAGGGUUUUCUCCAACCGAAUUGUGCCAUCCUCAAAUAGGUUAAGCAGAAGAUUUAUUUUUAUAUUCACGCUUUCAUUAUCAUUUACAUAUCUAUGCUACAGCAUAAUUUUCUGUUCCGGUACAAUCAUGCCAAACCAGCGUAUUGAGGAACAUCGGUGCCUCCAUUUCAAGAAUGUAGGGAGCAAAAAGCUUCUGCAAAGAUUACAUUAUUGCACUCUCUCUACAGAUUCUAAAGUUGUCUUGGAUGAGAACGCGGACUCGGGUCUUACACGCCAGGGAGCAAAUAUUACGCGCAACCAAAGUAAACAUCUAGCCUUUCCCCUCAGCUUUUCUGGCGCUCAGUCACGGAACACUGACACAGUAGAAUACAGACAGAAUAAUAACACUAACUCCCAAAAAUAUGGAAACAAAAAGUUACCCAAUGCACUCAUCGUCGGCGUUAAAAAAGGAGGCACCAGAGCAGUAUUGGAGUUCAUUCGGAUUCAUCCAGAUGUGCGCGCUGUUGGGACGGAGCCGCAUUUCUUUGAUAGAAACUAUGACAAAGGCUUGGAUUGGUACAGAGGCCUUAUGCCCAGGACUCUAGACAGCCAGAUCACCAUGGAAAAAACGCCCAGUUACUUUGUGACACGGGAGGCUCCGAGACGCAUCUCCAGCAUGUCCCGCGAUACCAAGCUGAUUGUGGUGGUACGAAACCCGGUUACCAGAGCCAUCUCUGACUACACUCAGACCCUUUCAAAGAAACCCGACAUCCCCACUUUCGAGGAGCUAGCCUUCAAGAACAGGAGCCAGGGAAUCGUCGACACCUCCUGGAACGCCAUCCGCAUUGGGAUGUACAUCCUGCACUUGGAAAACUGGUUGCAGUACUUCCGCCUUUCGCAGAUCCACUUCGUCAGUGGGGAACGGCUCAUCACAGACCCAGCUGGGGAGAUGGGUCGGGUGCAGGACUUUCUGGGCCUCAAGCGCAUCAUCACGGACAAGCACUUCUACUUCAACCGAACGAAAGGCUUCCCCUGCCUGAAGAAACCUGAGAGCAGCAGCCAACCACGCUGUCUGGGCAAGUCUAAGGGAAGAACUCACGUGCAGAUAGACCAGGAGGUCAUUGAGCAGCUCAGAGAAUUUUAUAAACCCUUCAAUGUAAGAUUUUACGAAACGGUGGGACACGAUUUCAGAUGGGACUGA